AUGUCAAGGAGCGACAAUUCGGUAUCAUGGAAAGACCAACUUGUAGGAGUUAUAGUUCUUAUCAUAUUUGCCAUCACACUCCUCUUGAACCUUCUUGCCCUUCACUAUACCUAUCUGAAAGUCCGCAAGCCCUCGUUGAAGAAGAUCCCUCAUCUAUUUGUCGGUGCGCUGUCUUUAGCUGGCUUGGGAAUCGCUUGUUUUCAGUAUAUUCCGUUUAUCACCUCACGAUUUAACGGCGAGUGGUCGUGGGACGCUGGCGUUUGCCGUUUCGUCGCGUUUGGAGUCCUGUUUUUCGGUACGCUUACAAUCUCCCUUGUGGUAGUAAUGAGUUUGGAGAGAUUAGGCGCCAUGGUGUUCCCUUUUUGUUACAAGGAACGGGUAACAUUUCACAAGUGUGUGGUUUUGCUCAUCUCUCUAGUGGUGUAUUCGUUUUUACUUGCCAUUCUCCCUCAAGCGCUCAACAAUGUCGAGUUGAACGUCUCAACCGGCGUCUGUAGCUACACAUUGGACACACACAACACAGAUACCAAGGUAGUAGUCUAUGUAAUGUCUGCUCAUUACGUCCUGUCCGUUCUUCUUAUGGUGGUCUCUAACAUAACUGUCGUGUACACGCUACACGUGCUCGAGAAGAAUUCACUCUCGGACGUUUAUGACCAAGACAGCAAACCAGAGAAGGGCGCUCGAGUUAAAAGUUCCAACACCUCGGCCUGUGUGAGCUUUGCUAAGAUGGUUGCUUUAAUGGCUGUAUGUUAUUCAAUAUGCUGGACUACCAUUCUGGUAAGUUGUUACUCUUUUCAUAUUCAACAUUAGCUCGAAAUUUGCCUUAACACCCUAUAUUUCAGCGCGUGGCUUUGCUACAUAUGUUUUGUUUGUAAAGGUUAUUAUAGAUUCCGCCAAGUCAAUGUUAUUGUAACUUUUUUCGCGCGCAUUUGGAUUAAGCAUUAGACUGGUUUCACUGCGAUCUUUACCAUAAGCGGGAACCGUUCAGCAUUACUUUCGUUUUUCUUUUUAGCUUCAAGCUGCCUCGCUUCAAGUGGCCGGAAAUUUAAGCUGAAAACGCAGGAAAAAAUAAAACAUCUUGUCUUAAAAUUCACUUGUUUCUUUUAGGUUGGAUUCAGCAUCUUUGGUUGACUAAAACAGGGAGUUUUAGAACGCCAAAAAAAUAGUUUUAAACAAAUCAGGGUGGCUUUAGAAGGACGGUGGUUUUUUUUAGUUCUAUAAAAAGCAUGUGGCUUGCUAUAUUCAUUGAAAUGAUGAAACAAUAAACUUUUUAAAACUUGCGACGAAAAAAUCAUUGAAAAUCAUUGCGUAACGGCAGCAGGUAAAUGUGGAUGGGACCAAACCUUUCAUUAAUUUGUUUGGAUUUCUGUCGAUAUAUACCUUAGAGUUAUAAACUAAUACUGAUGCGAUCUUCCCUUAUUUUUGUUUUCUUUUUGCGACCGUAAUUUGAAAGACAAUUAAAUGAAACUUCUAAGGUCAGUGAAAAUUAAUAUUUUGGUUGGUUGUUGCGAAUGUUCUUCUUAACAGAUGUAAAGUGGAGAAAACAUAAGCUUCAAACAAAAGCGAGUCGAGAAAAUGAAUGUUAGUGUUUACUCAAGAGCCAAUCCUAGAGUUUGAUGAUGAAACAGAACGCAACAGAAUAAUUAUAUCCGCAAGGUAUUUCUUAUCUGAAACAGCACAAAUCGGUAAUCUUGUUCUUCUUGCGUCACAGAAUAAAAUUGAAGUUUAAAGACAAGCUCUUCAGUCGAAUAAUCGGCGCGUUUAGCUGUUUCGGCGAUUGGAACAAUCGCUGUAAUAUUUAAAUAAGCCGCGUUUAUCAGCCAGGCUUCCUUGGAAACGAUGCCAUCGCGAAUUUGGUUGAAGAUAACUCAAGUGGGUGAACUAUCGCGAAACAUUAAAGCUUGCUUCCUAAAAACAGUGGACCAAGAGGUUUAUUCAGAAGUUUAUUAAUGGCUCGUCCGGAAAAUUGACUGAAAUUUAUUCCGUUUUAGAGUUUCUUUAACGCAUUAUGAUGUGUUUUCGUGAUAUGAAGGUUCGACAUAAUUAUGUCUCCUAAGAUGCGUCGUAUAUAAUUCAUAGAAAAAGAAGAACAUUAAACCUCUGUGAACUCGAGCCAAAUCACUUUAGCGGCCAAUUGUGCCCAUCUUUAUCACGAUUUACUUAUUUUGGCAGCUGUUUGAAUUUUAAAUACAUCGUGAAUAUUUUCUGUCGUAUGAAGUCGUUAAAGUCGUACCCGGCGUUUUUACCCGCUGAAGUGAAACGUGUCGAUAAGUCUGAGACCAUUAAAUAAAUAAAUGUACUUUGAUUUUUUUUUUCACCACACUUUCGUAAAUUGAAAUUAUGAUAAUUCUUUUUUUUAUGCGAUGUCAGUGUGUUAGUUGGCAAUUAGGUGUUCACGGUUCUUGUUGUUUUGAGCAACGUAAUCGUCUGAUUGUCCUAGCUAGCGCAAGUUUCUGCACGCACUUUUUGACGCUAUUGCUUUCAGUUUUAAUCAAUCUAGGAAUUACACUGUAGCUAAGUCUUUAUCACCAAAAUAAUUUGUAUACUUAGCUGUUUGUUGAGGGAAUUUAUUAAUAUUUUAUAAUUUAAAGAACUCCCGCGACCUAAUCUAACUCCCAGUUGCUGAAAAAUCAAGUGUCCAAAUUCAGCCUCCAUUUUUUUCAAAACCCCAGUUACCAGUCGAGAAAAAAUUAAAAGUGGACCACGGGAUUGCAGUGCUUUUUGAAAUAGUUCCAUUUCAAUGUGUUAUUGGAUUUUUUUUGUUUUUCAUUUUAAAACGCUUAAAGAUUUCUUGGCAAAGCUAAAUUUCUCCAGUGCUCUCGCCUAUUUCUAUCUGCCUAUGUGAUGAUUAGGAAAAGAGAGAGAGAUAGGGGCACCCGAUCUCCCGGGUUUCAAUCUAGCACUACUACUUUGCUUUGCUAUUAUUUUUCCAUAUCUAGAUUUUCAGACUGAAGUGCCGUUAGCAAAUUCACAAUUUGUAAAAAGAUAAGAUCAAGGCGUCCUUCCUGCUCCACACUCUAGCCUUAAUAAUCGUACAACUUACAACUCGAACAAUAUAACAUCCUACGUUUUGGUGCAUUAGUUGAAGUAAUUUCCGAUCGCUCCAUGGUAAAGCGAAGAAAGAGAAAACCUGACUGGAAAAUAGACUGAAAACUGCUUUUAGUCUGACUCAUUAGUGAAAGCACUUAAUGCCUUCGCUAGUGUUAUAUGAGUUAUCAUAAUAACUCUGUAGAUGGUAGCUUGUGAAGUGUAGCUGCUUUCUUUCGCCCCCGCAUUUAGCACUAAAACUUCUCGACCAAUGGGAGACGCCGGUUUCAUCCUAAGACUAAACAUAUGGGACCAUCUUGAAUAUCACAGAAUGGCAUUCGCCACAGUUUUACUGCUCUCUUGCGAAAACGGUUUGGUAAUGUCUGAAUUUUGGUUUUGUUUAAGGCUUAUUAUUGUUAGCAGCUUUUUCAACUAAGGUGCCGCCACAUACAGCGGAAACAGUAUAUAUUAAGCUUUCGAUAUCUCUCUUCCGAAGCUGCGUUUUUCAGGGUCAGUUAUCUGCACGGUUAAUUCUAACGCCCGCAGCCGACGACGAUGAGGAAGUUGUUAGACCGCGGCGGAGAAGAAAGUGCAAUUAACAUCCAUGAAAUUUCAUAUAUUGGAAAAAUGGUUGCUGUUUGAAAUUGGCAGUAUUGUGAAUUUUUUCCUAGUUUAAUAAACCGUGUGGACAGGUUUACAUUCUAGUGUAAAUACAAGAGUCGUACAAGAGCCUUCUCCAUCCUCGGCCUGGCACUUAACUUAUCUCUCUCUAAUCAAAUCGCGUAGAGUUGUUUGUCUCCGGGGUUUGCCCUCCUCAAGAAUCUUUACCCAACUUUGUUCACGUUCGCACAAAAUCGAGGCAAUUACAUUUUAAUUGAAAAAAAGAAAAAAAUUAUAUACAAAAACAACUUUCACUCUUUUCACAAAACACUUAGAAGACCCGUACACAUCACAGCCACAUCUGUAUGAGUGAAUGACUGUGACUCAGUCUCAAACUGUGGAACGAUUCUCUUUCAUAGAGAUACAGCAAAAAUAAAGUAAACACCAACACCUUUGAUAAUUAAUUGCAUGUUCUAAAAGCCGCUUAAAUCUCCUAGGCAAAAAAUGUUGCACUCACGUGGUUUUCGUCACUUAGCUUCUCAGCUUCAAGCAGUCCGGGAUCUAAAUGAUCCUUAAUUGUGCAUUUAGUCAUAUUUCCCAACUAUCUGUUACCAAAUUCAAAAGUUUUCUCUUAAAUUUACGUUAUAAAACACAUGGUGAACGCUUCAUCGUGUACUGUUGAGUUAUGGAUGCACUUGGGAGACGUCUUGGAUGGAUUGCUAAGCUCUCAAGAACUCCAGGUAUAGUGUAUUGACGUCAUCAGCGUGCUCAAUGGAAAUAUGAAGCACGCUCGCGCUAUUGAAUUUGACUAGGUGAAUACAGAGACCCUUGUGAGUUUCUGGUAAAUAUUCAACCUAUGUUAUAAGGUAAAAUGUUCCUUAUUUGGACUGACAAUACGCCGGCAUAAAAACUCCGUAACUCGAUAAAACGAUCAAAAAACACGCCAAAAGGAAAGGGGUAAAAUGAAGGAAAAACUCUAUGUACUCUCCAACUACGUUUGGUCGAACAAGCAGUUUGAUACGUCGUUCGUCUUACGACAAAUUGUGUUUUAUGCGCGCCCCAAAGCGCAUUUAUAUGCUUUUAUUUAAAAUUACUCCAAGAAGUAAAUGUAUCUCUUUCAAUAUAGACUCAUACCGGUGAGCAGUUCUUUAAUGUACAGCGCAAGACUCUUAUUAUUAUUGCUUAGAAGCAACUGCAUGUCUGUUGUGAUAAUAAUUUUGUUUGCCCCUCUAUAAGGUCGGCGACUUUUCCGUCUCUAGUAAGAAAAAACACUUGGUUCUCAGUGAUAUCCGUCUUAAGGAGAGUUACUGUACAACGACAGUGAUAUCCGUCUUAAGGAGAGUUACUGUACAACGACGCAUCUCCCGUUGGUUCCUAAAGUUGCACCUUGUAAGGGAAUCCAAGACAGUCGGCUUGGAUUCUGGAUUCCAUAGUUCCAGUGUUUGUCAGUGGAACUUGGAUUCCGCAUUCCUGAGCUGUAAUUCCACGAGCAAAAAUUUUCCCGGAUUCCGGAUUCCAAAAGCAGAAUUUUUUUUUAAUUUCGGAAUCCGGAUUCUCUUACGUAGAGCGACUGAAGCGACUGAGCCAGGUGUAACUUACAACAUUUGAUCCGUUUCAUUUUGUAGAUGCGCAUUCUCAUCUUAUACGUUUUCAACUGGCAUAACCAGUAUUUUGAUCAAGUGGUGUUGGUCUUAACAACCCUGGAUCCUCUAAUAAAUCACUGUGUCUGUCUGUGGACUAUGAGUAAAUACCGGGACGGCUAUGCAUCUUCCCUUGGAAAGGUCUUUUCCUGCUUUAAACCAUCCGAGGAAGGCAUGUUCAGGUCCGCUAUCACUCGCCUCAGCACUAUAUCAAGACGCUCAUUUAGUAGGUCAUCUUCCACUGCUCGGUCGUCCUCUAUGCGAACAUCAAGAAGGAAAUCUUGUAAGUUGAGCAUGCUUAAUGUUUUAAGUACUUUUGAACUGCGCAAUAAUGUCCUGGAUACUCUUACAAAUACUCUCACACGAAAUGAUAGUCUGCUACACAGCCGUUUUUAGAGUCGUCACGCAACGCUCCUCCCCACUAACGGCUGCUGAAAACCGAACCACCUUCCGCAAACGUGGCGCGAACACCUUCCAGAAAAUGGAAGCUGAAUUCUAAUUGGCUAAUCGCGGGAAAGGAAUGUGGUUCGGUUUUCAGCAGCCGUUAGUGGGGAGGAUCGUUACGUGACGACACUAAAAACGGCUGUGUAGCAGACUAACGAAAUGACUGCCUCAAGCAGUUUAGUGAUGAACUACUGACCCAGAUAUUGACGCCCUUGACCCCUCCUCCCCUCGGUGCGGAAUGCCAUAUUAGGGAGCUUAAACAACAGCGUUUUUGAACGACGGACGUCAACCGGAAGUGGACUUUUUGCAUCAUUGGGGAGCGGUUUUGUUGAAACUCUCGGGUAAUAGCAGAAAUUUUCUCUUUUCUUUGAGUCGUUAUGUUCAAACAAUCGCAGUUCCGUAUAUUUUUCCCUCUUCCGGAGUGAAGGCCAACUGCACGCAGCGAGUUUUUGCAGAAAGCUUAAGGUCCCUAUUAACUGUUUCCUUCCCUCCAAACCCUUCCCUCCCAAAUACCCUCUCGUUUAUACGCCUUCUAUCGCGAGCGCACUAAUUGAAAGCUGUCAAGCAAAAUACUCUCUUUCUCUUUAUUUUAUUUUCCUGACGCUUUUUAAGCCCUGACCGAAAGUUUUAAGUUUUAGGUCUAAUAUAAAGGGAGGCAAUUCAGAUCAAAGCCAUUCUUCGCAGAUUUUUUCCUUUAAUUUGGAUAAAAGACAUCAGGAAACAUUUUUCCUGAUCUGCUAAUAGAUAAAAAAUUAAAACAAAAAUAAGAAGAACAUGUCCAGUUUUAACAUCCAGUCCUAUGUUUUAUAAAGAAUGUGGAAUUUUGACCUUGAAGAAUCACACUACCUAUUCUCAAAAGCGUAAAAAUAAAAAAAAAUAAAAAUAAAAGCUUGUUUACCCACGAAGCACGUAGAAGGUCAUAUGAACUCGUUUAAACGUGUCCGUGCGUUCCAGAUUGAAUUGGAAUUUGGAAGUGUUGGUUUUUGAGGAGAGGGGAAAACCGGAGUACCCGCAGAAAAACCUCUCGGAGCAAGGGAGAGAACCAACAACAAACUCAACCCACAUAUGGCGUCGACGCCGGGAUUUGAACCCGGGCCACAUUGGUGGGAGGUGAGCGCUCUCACCACUGCGCCACCCUUGCUCACCUACUUACUUAUUUUGGGCCUGAAAAAGAAACUCCUUUAGGGCGGGGCCUCCGAGUCCCCGUAUAGGCAUUAUAGCGAGUUUCCCUCGGGCCUUUAAUACACCUGUCCUUUCAUCCUUUGUUGUUUUCAACAUGUGUGACUAAUUUUUCAUCCAUCCGAAAUCUUUUAACGGGUCAAGUAGAUUGUACAACCUCACUAGCAAUAUUAUAUCCCAAUUUCCUAUGCAAAAAAAGGAAAAAGAAAUUAAAAGGAGAUUCGUUAUGCCUUUGCUCUGUAGAAAAGGAAAAAACAACUAGAAGAAAAUAAUUGAAGUAUUGAAAGUAAGCUGUGACAGUUUUUAAUGGCUUGUAACUUGCCAGAAAGAAACCAGAGUAUUAUGUUUUACGUGGGUGUGUGAGUUUUUGAAAUGUCAUCGAUAUGCGCUUUUAGUGUUUUUUCUGUAAAGCUUUUCCGUCUCCCAAGCUAUUGCGUUGGUGCAAUUAUAAGUGAAUAUGUUACGGUUUAUGCAGCAAUAUACUCAUCGCGUGUUAGUGGGCGUCCGGCAUCGUGUGCUUGAUUAUUUUUCCACCAAACUAAGUGGUAAGGUCGUGACAGUCAUCAAAAAAAGCCCCUUUCAACUAUUUACAUUUCAACAAUUCAUUUCAACAUAUAUCGGAUCUUAGCAGCGUAUGAAAAUACAAUAAUUGCUUCAUCGCGUGCGUUUAAUUAUUAAUAAUAUUUCACCCGCCCUUUGUAUUAUCCUCCAUAUCCCGCGGUCAAUACGAGUGUGAUUGGCGUCCUGUUUGUAAUCUUUUCUCACCUUAUCAAAGGCUAUGUCAGAUUUAUUGAAGCUUUUAGUCACCGUUAUGAAAAUAAGACAAAUAACUCAACACCAUAAUAAAAUUCUCAUAAUUUUGUUGUCUUUGAGGGGUAGUAAAUGUUGUACUGGUUGAAUUUAAAAAAGGCGUGUAAAAAAAACUAUCCUUUGUUAAGCAGCUUUUUUUGCCAUAACAAAGUGAAAAUCUUCAGUUGUUUUGAAGUUUUGGUGCUUGACUUAUGUCCAUUACGUUUCACUGACUUCAUCGACAGAGGUUUUUUAUUGUUUUUUAUUUUUCUUUUCUUUUUCUUUUUACAACCAUUGUUAAGCGUUUCUGUAGAAAGUUCCUGUAGAAUUGAAACAGAAACAAAUCUUUCGACCUGGAAAAAACAAAGUUGGGAUUCUAGCGGGAGACUACUUUACAAGCGUGAUCGCGGAUUUAACUUUGUUUCAGAGGUCACGGUGUAACUAAGUGAAAUUUCCUUUGAAAGAUGACGCGUAUUUUCCUUAGAAAAUGAGAUGCAACGUCCCUCGUCAUAUGUUUUUAAUCGCUUUUUUGGACUUGCCCGUACACACCGCUGAAUGUGAAUAGCAUUCCUAAUUCUCUCCCUACACUCUAUUACGUACCGACUAGCACGGCUCGUAUAGCCCUUGGCAAUCCUAUACAUGGGUAUUGUGGGUUUCUUAUGAAGGGCAAGUAUCAGGCGUUCCUGGUUGAAUCCUUUUGUCUUUUUUAUUUUAUUUUAUUCGCUAUUGAUUUUCAUUUCAAACACCUGUUUAUAAGCUAGUUUUCUGAAUUAUUGUAUUGUCUUUUCAUUGUAGCCGCCAUUACACACACGUACAAGCAAGUGGCUCAAAAUAACCCAGACCUGCCGAUAGAGCCUGCUGCCGAGAUUCAAUCUGAUCCCAAGGACUUAAUAGAACGUGGUCAUUCAACUGGUCCCUAAUAAAGGCCCUACCUAACUAGACCCAUUGAAGAAAUGGCCCUCUAUACGACUACCGAGUGUAACGUGCUAAAAUGAUCGAGGGGCCAUCGAAAUCCCGGCAAACCUUCGUUCUGCGAAGUAUAGGGGGGCUUUCCAUUCAACCCCAAAUUCCGGAAAUUUCGGUUGGUACAUCGAAUGGAACGGACCAUUUCGGUUUGGUCCGACCAGAAUAUUCAGGACCAGCUUUGAAGGUGGUCCACUUUGACCGGACUGGUCAUUUCGGUCGGUCGGACCGAAAUGCCUCUUUCCCUUUGACAAAAUCGUUGUCCCCAGUACCGCUCCUUUGUAUUAUGACAAGAACAAUAACCAAAUGCGCGGUGGCUUGGGUGGGGUCCGUGCAACGGAUAUGUACAGUUUCAUUGGCACGUGAAAUUUCCGAAAUUUCAAACCGGAAUUUUUGUUGAAUGGAAAAGCGCCCUAGGUCAAAACAUCGUGUACCGGAUAAGGAUGACGUAAAACAAAAGACCUCUUUGUUUUCUGUUCAGGGAAAAAUCUGCUUGGUGUUUCGUUCUUUUGUUUUACGUGAUCUGUGUCCGGUAAACGAAGUAAAUGCCGAAGUAUACGAUUAAUGGAACUUAAAAAACCCUAGCUUUCGUCCAUCUAGAUGCGUUUUUUCCUGUUACAAUACAACUAGGCUAGGUUAUGGUUUUGGGUUUUGUGGAGAUGAAGCCGAGGCCUAUAAAAACACUCUUAAAAACAGCCAUUUUGAAUGAAUAAGAUUGGUCACCAAAUUGGUUGGCCAUCAAAUUCGUGACCAUCUCUUGUUGACUUUUAAUGCAAUUUCUCAAGCAGCAUAAGGCGUAUCUUAUUAAGGUCUGAUCCACUAAGAGACCCAAAGUUUGUUUUUGGCAACUCGUGCCGUAGUAAUUUUCCAACGAGUGGCAUCAGAAUUCUAAAACAUAGGCGAUUUCGCGGCAACCCAUCGCCAUGGAAACGCAGCUUCUUUACGCGGGUGACUUCAAAACGCACCUAUAAAAACGAAGGAAACAUCGCUUGUGCUGAGAGGAUUAUCCUGACUAUCAUAUUUAUUCUCAUUACCUCCCUGAUUGAAUAAACUCGUAAUAAACAGUAAUGCUGCUGGGGAUAUUUAAUACCGAUCACUUUUAGGGCCACUCGAGCUAGAGGAGAACUGGUCAUGUUAUUAAAUUGUUUUAAAUUAUAUUCAUACCGUUCAUUUUCGUAUGAACGUAUAAAAUAAUCCGUGAAAGAAAGCUAUUGAGAAGCACGGAC